CUUCUGUGUAUACAGUUUGUAAACAAAGCCAAAACAAAGAUGGAUUCAUCAAGAGGUUUAAUCUAAAAAUAUAGUCAGAUCGAAUAACACAAAUUGAAAUCGGUGUCAUUUACAGUUCGCUGACUUAGUUAUUGGAAAAUUAGAGACAGCAUUUACAUGUCGUUGUUUCGAGCGAUAUUGACUUUUAUUUCGAAGUUACACAGCGAUUAUAAUAGUUUUUCUGCAUCGACGUUGGAGGGCUGUUGUUCAUUCCUAUUUGCCAGCUACCCCGCAGGCUAGCUAAAAAUACAACUUAUUUAGCAAGACACGUACAAAUAUUUGUUUUUGUUGCUUAUCUUGCUGUCCUGUUAGCUAGCUGUCCUGUUCGUAUUGGGGGUUGUGUGUGCUGGUCCAGUUCAAUGGGGAACUGUUUGUCUUCGCAAGGCGCCGACGACUUGUCUCUCCUCAACGAGUCCCAGGAAGCCAGUGUUCCAGGGGAGCCUCCACCGCCUUACCAGGAGCGUGUCCAUGCGCCAGUGUACCACCCCACCCCCAGUCAGACGUGCCUGGCCAGCCAGCUAACAGAGGAGGAGCAGGUCCGUAUCGCCCAGCGGAUUGGCCUCAUCCACCACCUCCCCAGAGGCAUCUUCGACCCCGGCUCUGAGCCCUCUGACAAGAAAGUCAAAGAGUGUGCGAUCUGCAUGAAUGACUUUGAGUAUGGCGACCCCAUCCGGUUCCUUCCCUGCCUGCACAUCUACCACGUGGACUGCAUCGACACCUGGCUGAUGAGGUCCUUCACCUGUCCUUCCUGUAUGGAGCCUGUGGAUGCCGCCCUGCUCUCCUCCUAUGAGACCAACUGAACUGGUCUCAUAGGAGACCAGUUCACUCAUCUGAGCAGUCUCUGGCUGGGUCCUGUUCAUUAGGCCAAACAGAAGAAAACUGAUUAAAGCAGGGAGGGACUUGACCUGGACUUGUCCAAUAAGAAGUGCUUGUUCAAUUGUUUUCAGUUGCAAAACUAUUCCCUAUUUAAUGUACUACUUUUCACCAGAGCCUUAUAGGCCCUGAUCCAAAGUAGUGCAUUAAAUGGGGAAUAGGGUGCACACAAUCCUAGAAACUUCCCCUUUAACAGAGGUGCCAAACGCCCUUAUGACACAUCACCUCUUUAACCCGGAUGCUCUGUCCUAGUCACACAGCCCUGGGAGGAGUGAUGGGUUGUGUCAAAAUAUAUAUAUAUUUUAAAUGUAACCUUUAUUUCACUAGUGAAGUCAGUUAAGAACAAAUUUUUAUUUACAAUGACGGCCUGCACCGGCCAAACUCGGACGGUGCUGGUUGUGGGACUGCCGGUUGUGAUACAGUCUGGAUUUGAACCAGGUGGUCUGUAGUGACGCCUCUAGCACUGAGAUGCAGUGUCUUAGACCACUGCGCCACUUGGAAGCUCCAUAUGUAGGGUGUACCACACUGAGUGUGUUGAAAGUGGGGUGUUCUACUCUGUAUUGGGGCUUUUGGAAUUAGGAACGUCUGUCUCUUUCGCCUUUUCAGACUUGUUGCCAAAUACAUGUGAAGUGAAGGAUAUAGAUGGAGAUCUUUAGAAGUCAUGAUGAGAGAUAUUAUUGACAACUGAUUUCACCUUUGGAUGAUCUGAGGGUGGUAGACUAGAGAUUGGCCCAUUAGUUUAGUUUAUGUAGGCUGGUCUUGGAUCUGUUAGUGCUGUCUUCUUGACAACAGCUGAUAAGAUGGCACAAACAGAUCUUUGUUUAUGUGGUUGGUUUAUUUUAUUUCCCUUUUCAAUCAUCCCCCUCCAGACUAAAAUGUGCAAUAUGAUGUGAGGAAGUGCUAGAAUUGCACCGUUCUGAUUGGUCAAAAGAAGGUGACCCCCGACCUUAACACUGCUGUCUCGGCCAAUUAGCUUUAAGACGGGUAUGGCCUUGAAUGUCUCUCAAAAAAGCACAGGGCUCUUGACUAGAAUGCAAACAUUUUUCUCAUUAAAUGGCAAUCGUAGAGAGAGAAAAAAAGUUCACAAAAUAAUGAGAUAUGAGAAUAAGCUAUGAGGUCUCCAUCCCAUGCCGGUCUAGUAGGUUACCUCAUGACUUACUACUGGCCUCAUACCUUUAUUGGAGAUGUCACUACUGGCCUCAUACCUUUAUUGGAGAUGUCACUACUGGCCUCAUACCUUUAUUGGAGAUGUUGGAUUUGUAUGUAUGUUGUUUUACAGGGUGGGUUGUUGUAGCUGUUAGUUAGUCUGGUUCCAGAUCUAUUUGUGCUGUCUUGCCAAGGUGGCCAGCCUUACUGGGCUAGCUCUUAGUACCUUAAACUGCAUUUUCACCUUGGAUCUUUUUCCUUACAAAGCUUUGCCUUGACUGUGUGCUGUCUUACUCUUAUGAGAUCAUGGUUUGUUGUUGUUGUUCAUUCUUAUGUUUACUGUUAGUGAGUGACUUUUGCGUCCAAAAUGGCAAACUAAUCCCUAUAUAAUGCACUACUUUUGAGCAAAGCACGAUGCAGGAACUGGUCAAGAGUAGUGCACUAUGUAGGGAUUAGGGUGCCAUUUUGGACGUGGCCCAAAAUGCUGUGCCAUUAUCUAUCCCCGAAUUCUAUGCACCUUGGGAUCUCCUCUGGUACCGUGUAGGUCUGGGACUGUAUUCACAAAGAGUCUUAGAGUACGAGACCGUUUUGCCUUUUGGAUCAUAGUUAUAUGUACUCCUAGUCUUUGUGACGACAGGCCUUGAAUCAGGACAGAGGAAAUAUCUUUUGUUCUCCUUUUCCCUCUUCCUUCUAUUUCUCCUACUACUCACUCUAUUGUCUCUUUGAAUAACUUUAUUGUAGAAGUGUUUGACAAGAGAGAAAGAGAAUAAUUGACACUGUUUUGGAUACUGUGUGUAAAGGUUGUAUCUAGAGUGUUUUCCAAUGUUGUCAGAAAAUGUGUUUGUGAAUAUAGAUCUGUUUUUUUUGUAUUGUAGUUAUGAUCUAUUCUACAUGAUUGAAUUCCAGAGGCUUUUUAAACUGUUUUGUCGAUCGAUUAUUGGGCUAAAAUGAAUAGGAAACUCUUAUUGAUUGACUGUGGUUUGAUACUAACAAAGUAAGGACAAGUGAGAGAGGGUACAGACUCAAACUGAGGAGAAUAGAAUGGAUUGUGACUUGAAACCAUUCUGAAUGUAACUAUCUUGAUGGUGGACAUUACUGUGGUGAAGUCAAAACCAGGAGCGUAUUUGAAAUGUACCCUCAUCACCAACUCUCUUCAGGUGAAAGUGGGGAAAGUACGGCUGCUAUUCAGUUCAGUCCUAGACCUAUGCCCUUUUAGGUGAACGUGAGCCAACUCCUGUGAAGUACAAUCAUUUCUGAUACUCGUGUCAUUGCUUUAGUGCUCCUUGAAGCCGGAGAUGGAGAGUGUGUCGACUGAAAGAAGAAUAUGAUUAGUCAGACUGUUCCUGGCUGCUGUUUCUGGGUUUUGUAAUGUGUGUGUGCAAUGAGGGCUCAGCUUUUAGGAAAAACUACAAUAAAAAGUGAAUGCCAAAUCUAA